UGAUCGGUGCCACAAGGAAAAAUAUUGUAUGUGAGUUAGCUUAAAAGUUAAAAUAAAUGGUAACUUGUAAGUGACUUCUGGUACACCCGUUUUUCCGGGCAGUGUCUAUCACAGCCUUUUCUUCCCCUGCAGGAGUUUUAUAGUUCGCGAAAGUAGGAGAGCAAGAUGUAUCCCCUGCAACUGCGAAAUGUGGCACGAUUUGUGCGCAGUUCUUCUGCCCGAUCCCUCCUUCCACCGAACAGGUCUUCCACCGUGCUCCAUAUUCCCCUACGUGCAUUUUCACUGUACUUCAACGAUCGCUAUGACACAAAAGAGCCACUGUUCGACAAGGUUCUCAUUGCAAAUCGCGGGGAAAUUGCAUGCCGGAUCAUUAAGACAUGCAAAGCGCUGGGCAUCAAGACCGUGGCGGUGCACAGCGAUAUCGAUUCCUUAUCGAUGCACGUGCAGAUGGCCGACGAAGCGAUCUGCAUAGGAACAGCGCAGACGGCCGACAGCUAUCUAAGAUGGGAGCGGAUCAUCCAGGCGUGCAGAGACACUGGUGCGCAAGCUGUGCAUCCGGGCUACGGUUUCCUUUCGGAAAACACCGAAUUUGCUGCUCACCUCGAGAAGGAAAAAAUUGCAUUUGUUGGUCCCAACAGUUAUGCAAUUAACGCUUUGGGAGAUAAAAUUCACAGCAAAGAACUGGCCGUGAAGGCCAAAGUCAGCACUAUUCCGGGUUACAAAGGGGAAGUUAAAGAUGCUGAUCACUGCGUGCAGUUGGCUCGAGACAUCGGCUAUCCGGUGAUGAUCAAAGCGUCAGCGGGUGGUGGAGGGAAAGGCAUGCGCAUUGCCCGCAACGAUGCUGAAACACGAGACGGUUACCGUCUCUCGCAACAGGAAGCCAAAUCCAGUUUCGGUGAUGACCGGAUGUUGAUCGAAAAGUACAUUGAGGAGCCGCGACACAUCGAGAUUCAGUUGAUCGGCGACAAGCAUGGCAGUGCAGUUUAUCUCAACGAACGCGAGUGCUCCAUUCAGCGACGCAACCAGAAAGUAAUUGAAGAAGCCCCAAGCCCUUUUGUAGACCCUGACCUCCGUCGUCGCAUGGGGGAGCAAGCGGUGUCCUUGGCCAAAGCAGUGGGCUAUGACUCAGCGGGAACCAUCGAAUUUCUUGUGGAUAAGCACAAGAAUUUUUACUUUCUGGAAAUGAAUACCCGCCUUCAAGUGGAGCACCCCAUUACCGAGUCCAUCACGGGAGUGGACAUUGUCUACCAUAUGCUGCGCAGUGCCAAAGGCUAUCCAUUGCGAUUUAAGCAGAGUGAUAUCGGGAUCACUGGCUGGUCCUUUGAGGCGCGAGUGUACGCCGAAGAUCCCUUUAAAGCUUUUGGUCUGCCAUCCGUGGGCCGAUUGAAAGUGUAUAAAGAGCCGCAGAAUGAGGCGGUAGGUGCGGUGCCUUCUGACGGUUAUGUGCGUUGCGACACGGGAAUUAGCGAGGGCUCGGAGAUUAGUCUGUAUUAUGAUCCGAUGAUUUGCAAGCUGAUUACGGUGGGCCGGGAUCGGCAGCAUGCCCUGAAUUUGCUGGCGGAUUCAUUAGAUAAAUAUGUCAUUCGUGGGGUGACGCACAAUAUCCCCUUGUUGCGAGACAUCGUUACGGAAGAAAGAUUUGUGAAAGGUGAUGUAAAUACUGCAUACCUGCCAACGGUUUAUCCAGAAGGAUUUCAAGGGAAAAAACUAACUUGUGAAGAAAAGAACCUAUUAGGUGCCGUGGCUGGAUGCAUAUUUCUCAAAGACAGACUGCGAGAUAGAAGAUUUUUGAAUUCGGUGCAAGGAUCGGAGCACAGUUACGAUGAAUCUACUCAUAAUUUGCACGUGAAGGGUUCCGGAUUCGAAGAGGCGGUUGUUGUAAAUUAUGAACCAAAAGCUGGAGUCUUCCAAGUCCAGAUUGGUGGUCAGAAAUUUACUGUCAGCGACACCAUCAAUCUGGCUGACAAUGUUGUAACUGUGGACGUGAACGGCCAAAAACAUAUCCUCCAACUGGUAAAUAAAUCCCCGGUCGGGAAGAUUGAUUUGCAGUAUAUGGGAUCGGUUUUUCCUCUACACGUAUUCCGCGAGGAUGUGUUCAAGUUUCUGCAUUUAAUGCCGGCUUUGAAAGUAGCCGAUACCAGCCGUCAAGUAUUAGCUCCUAUGCCCGGUUUAGUUAAAUCAAUUGCGGUCCAAAUUGGCAGCAUGGUAUCGGAGGGAAUGGAAGUUUGCGUAAUCGAGGCUAUGAAAAUGCAGAAUAGUUUGACAGCCGCUGUAACCGGAAAGGUAAAGAAAAUCAAUUUUAAGCCUGGUGAAACAGUCGGGGAGCAAGAUGUUAUCGUGGAGAUUGAAUGAGAAGGCUACGAACUGUUCCUGUUUGCAGAGAAAUCUCAGGCUUCUUGGAGACCACAACUUAAAGCUCAGUUUGUUUCGGUUUUAAUGUUUGAUUUUAAUAUAUUACUGUAUACGGACAAGGAUGUCGGUCAGCUGUAAAACAGUAUUUUACCAGAUUUUAUUUUAACAAAUGUGGGUGGAUCGCGAGAGUGGAACAUCCGAGGAGAAAAAAUUCACCUUAAUUAAAAAGUUUAUCCGGCUUUUUCGUUUGAAUGUCGCCAUUUACGCACGAAAGUGGGUGGACGAGAACGUAAUCUGUGGUUUAUUAUUACAACGUACCAAAAAUUAAAGAUUAAGGAAUAAUCUUUUUGAGACUUUGCGGUAUUUAACGCUUUUGGCACACUGCAUUCGAAAUAUUCGAUGGCGAUGGUGCACCAAACAGCAGCUGGCGCGUGAAACGAACAUUUAUUUCUAGGUUUCCAUACUUUGCUCCGUUGCGCAAUACUGUGUUGGAUUCCGGUGAUUGUUUUUACCAUCGCGUUCUUGCUUAUUUUGUUCUAAAAUGGGUUCUCGGUUUGUGAUAUUUUCCUUGACCUUAUCCAGUUUGUUGUGCUUGUACAUUGUUUUUGCGGAACCCGCUGCCGGUGGUCCGGUAAUUGGACGAAAGUUGCAAAUGUCGCAGUUGACUUGCAAAGGCUGCAAACCGGAAGUCCAGGCGUUAAUAAAAAAGCUGUCGGCGUACAAGCAGAAACAACUGCAGGGAGCGCUGUUAGUAGAAGGGAAGAAGGACGAAGAACUGCUUCCGCCUGAUGCAGCUUGGUACCUGGGAAAGCGCAGUGCUCCCGUUGUGGCCGAAUUCCCGGGCAAUUACGAUGUCGAUAGCUUUAGGCCAAUGUGGUUGUGAAUUGCCACCCUACCCGUACAUUUACUCCAGUCACGUUAAUUUUUGCUAAUGUUGAUUUUUCAAAGAGCAUUCAGCAUGGGCUAUUCACAUGCAGUAUAUUAAACCUUACAUUUAAAACUUGCUGAAAAUCUAUGCGAGGUUUUUUAAUUUAUUAGCCAAUGUUCAUGCAUUAUUCGUACACAUAGGCUGAUAACGCUUAAGAUUUGAAGUUUUCUUUGUGUCGGUUGUACCGCUCUGGCUGAUUUUGCCGCACUGUUUUUAUUGCACUGCAACAAACUUGGAAAAACAUGAUAGCACUGACCUUUCGAAUUUAUUAAUUUUCUAUCCGAAAACGCACACUGCAUCGGAAUAUAUAAUAUGUAACUCGUUGUUUAUCUGCAAUGCUUCAAGAAUAAAAGCAGCAAAAUUAGUUGUUGCGAAACUUUUGGGAUCGCCACUAAGUAAAGUAUUGUUUCUCUGAAUUAAAUCCAGGCGACGGUUUUCAAAAAACUGCAAAAUGAUCCUCUUAUCUUGUCCUGACUGUAUGUAGUGUUUCUCCUAUGCAUACACAUGUACAAUAUAUUGUAUAUGCCGGGCGGCACGCCUGAUCUUUAUAUUUGGAUUUUUUGCGGGUACUGCAGCAUUGCGACUUUGUGCCAUGUCAUAAAGUUUUAAUCAAGUUUUGU